CGUCUGGCCUCAUCUCGUCGGCGCCUCCUGAGCCAUUCGCCAUCAUGACUCCCGCACCGGCGCUUCCUUCGGAAAUCCAGCUAGCGCAGCGGCUGGCCGGUAACGAGAAGACGACCCGAGACCGUGCGGUGAGGAAGCUCCGGAGAUACAUCCGCGCCAAGACCGCAGGCGCCUCAGGUGGUUUCAGUCAUGAAGAAUUGCUAAAAAUAUGGAAAGGGCUUUUCUACUGUAUGUGGAUGCAGGACAAACCUCUCCUACAGGAGGAACUUGGAAAUACAAUUUCCCAGCUUAUUCAUGUUUUUCAGAACACAGAAACCCAGCACCUCUUUGUUCAGACUUUCUGGCAAACCAUGAACCGUGAGUGGAUUGGAAUAGACAGAUUGCGCCUGGAUAAGUUCUACACGCUAAUGCGCCUGCUUCUGAACCAGUCCUUCGAGAUAUUAAAAAGAAAUGGAUGGGAGGAAAGUCAGGUUGAACUACUUCUGGAUAUCCUAAUGAAAGAAAUUUUCCACCCAGACAGUCAGGCACCUUGUGGAGUAAAGUCCCACUUUAUUGAAAUCUACUUGGAAGAACUGACUAAAGUAGGAGCAAAAGAGCUUACAGCAGAUCAAAACCUGAAGUUUAUUGUUCCAUUCUGCAAAGUUGCAGCAAGGACAAAGGAUUCUACUUUGCUGUAUAGUAUAGUCGGAGGUAUCUUUGAAGCAAUUUUAGAACAAGCUCCGUUUGCCAUUGAAGAUUUAAUAAGAGAAUUAAACGCAAAUGAAGAAGACAGUGAACUUGAAGCUGAAUCAGAUGAUAUGACAUCGAUAAGAUCACCUAGGAAGCAAAAGAAAGGAAAGACAGGUAAAGAUUCCUCCUUAAGUGAAGACAAACCAAAAGUGGAAAGGCGGAGGGAUGGCAAGGGACACAUCGGGCUUGUCCUUCAGUUUAACUAUGAGGAAAUUGCUGAUAGACUGUUUGAAAUGGCCAGCAGGCAAAGCACUCCUUCCUUGAAUAGAAAGCGUCUCUACAAACUGGUCAGAAAGUUCCAGAGCCUUGCUGAAGGCAUAUUCCCUCAAGAUGGCCUUCCUCAGCGUAAAAAAUCGAACAAGAACAAGCUUCAGCAAAAGAAGACUUGUUUGCCAAAAUCAAAAUUGCAAAAAGAGAAAGGGAAAAAAGAUGAAAAGCAGAAUAUGGAGACAGCUGUGACUUUUGAGAAAGAUAAGUCAAGAGUUGUGAAGAGGAAGGGGACGAAUAAAAGGAAGAAUAUGAGUACUGAUUCUUCUUUUCCGAAUGACACAGGCAUGUCUGAUAUAGCUGUUCCCUUAAAUCCUCAAAACAACAGCUCAGGAAGAGCAUGUAAAAGGAAAAAGGGUCAAGGACCAAAAGCCACAGAAGUAACAGAUGGCCUCCAGGAGCCAAAUAAGAAAGAUGAAACAGAGACCCAAAAGAAUGGAAAAAAACAAAAAUCAACAGACCUUGAAGUGAUGCCAGCCAUUGGCAAAAGCAAGAAAAAAGAUGCUUGUAAGAAGGGAGAGACCAAGGAACAGCAAACGAAAAACUUGCACACCACACUUCAGAAGGCUUAUACAGAAACUCCUGCUGUGAAAGGAUUGCCAGCACAUCCUAUUAUUUCCCCAAAGCCAGAAAGUAAUGACAUAGGAACCCCUAAGUUGGUCACAAAGCAAAGGAAGCGAGUUGUUAAUGGAAGCAACCACAUUGUUGCCCCGGUAGCCUCAAAGGUUUCUUCAGAAAUGGUUGAUCUGAAAGAGUUACAGUUAAGUAGAACCAGUGACCUAGAGUCAGAGUGUCAGGAUAUAGAUAACACUAGAAUGAUAAAAAAGAAACAUAAGUGGGAUAGUAGAAACAGCGUUGUUCCUCCCCAGAAAGAUAAGGCCAAGUUACCCAAGAGGGAAUUGGUAGAGAGUACAGAAAACCCAACAGAUUGUGAUUUUCUUCCCUCACCAAAAAGGCCAAAUAGGAGUCGCAGUAGAUCAAUAGGUUCCUUAAAGAGGAAAAGUAAAGGAAUUUUUUGGUCUCUGGGACCAAGGAUGAUUUUCAGAUCUCCGGGUAGAAGAGUAAAAAGAAGCACAAGGAAAAAUCUUUAAUGUUUUCUGAGUGUUAGGACUAGUUUUCUGGGUGAUCUUUGAGGAUUCUAAUUUCCAAAAAAGAAUAAAUAGGUAGAAGAAAUGUUUUCCAUCACAAGGCAAAUAAGCAUUCCAGGAUGUCAUUAGCAAGGAAUCACAUUAAAAAUAUUACUUUUUCAGCAGUAAAAACUGAGUUGUGGCAUACUUCAGAAGCAUGAUUUCUUUUUAUUUGAUAAAGGACUGUAGGAAGAAGAUUCAUAGUGUUUGAAAGAAAUGGAAAGACCUGUAAUAAAAAUGACUGUAGAAGGAACCAGACCUUGAAAACAUGAAUUUUCAACCAAGGCUUUUCUGUAUUUCAUAAAGUAUUUGUCCUUACAAAUUGGGAUUAGCUCUUGAAAUAUGUUAGCUGUCCUGGGUUUCUUGCCACUGUGAAUCACUUUUUUUCUUUUUUAAUGUAAAUAGUAUUUUAUUUUUUCCAAUUACAUGUAAAGAUAGUUUUCAACAUUCAUUUUUUUUAACAAAUUUUGAAUUCCAAAUCUUUGUCCCUUCUUUCUCCUCAACACAGCAAGCAGUCUGAUAUGUUAUACAUGUGCAAUUAUGUUAAACAUAUUUCCACAUUAGUCAUGUUGUUGUGAAAGAAGAAACAAAAGAAAAAACCACCUCCAAAAAGUGAAAAUAGUAUCCUUCAAUCUUCAUUCAGACUCCAUCAGUUCUUUCUGUGAGUCACUUUCAAAGAUGAAAACUGUAUGGCUGGCCUUGGAAAGCUCUGAGCCUAAAAGUGAGUUUUUCAUUUCAGAAAAAUGUGAGUGGGUCAUGUGAGAAGUAGAGGGGAGCAAAUUGGAGAAAACAGUGCUAAAGACUCUCAUUAGAGUUGGAAAAAAUACAGGACAUGGGCAAUUAGAUGGUGCAGUGGAUAGAGCACUGGUCUUGGAAUCAGGAAGAUUCAUCCUCCUGAUUUCAAAACUGGCUUCCCACACUUAGUAGCUGUGUGACCCUAGGCAAGUCACUUAAUCCUGUUUGUAUCAGUUUUUCCAUCUGUAAAAUGAAGAAGGAAAUGGCAAACCAUUCCAGUAUCGUUGCCAAGAAAACCCCAAGACACAGUCAUGAAGAAUUGGACGUGACCGAAGUGACUCAACAAAAAAGACAUUGGCACACUUAAGACUCCACUUUCAGCCUUAAUAACAAUAUGUGAUAGGACAUCCAGUAGUGGUGAUAAGUGCCCAUGAACAUUUUAACAGUUUGGGGACCAUACACUGUAAGUGUGAAGAUAGCAUAUGUAAUUAUCAUCACAAUCCAUGUGUUUUUUUUUUUUUACUGUACCAUCACUUUCUGUCCUGCUAAUCCAAUAAAAGACAAAAGAGUGAAAUGGUUUUUGCCCUCAGGAGACAACAUUUGUGCGCACGCGUGCACUCGUGCAUGCUUAGUUUCACUGUAACACAACAUCUGCUUUCCUAAAUAGGCCUUACAGGAAAAAUGGAGUCCAGUAAAAUGAUAGGAACUUAAUCAAAACAGUAGCAUAAUUUAGUUUAUGUUAAAUGGCCUCUUAAGGACUAAGCUGGCAAAGUUGGGUUGGCUGCAACUCCAGGCAGGCCUCAGGGCUGGAGGCCAUGGUGGAAGAUGGGUGUGGUACAGAGGAACCCUCCUCUCCCCAGAGCUUUUGCUACACCAGAAGACAUACAGUAAAUAUUUCACUUUACCUUGAAAAAGACCAGAUGUUUGCUUGUGGAAGGAAGUGUCAGAAGAGUUGUAGCUUUGUGAAUUAUUGUGAAGUGCUGUAGUUUUCUGUCUGAUUGGUUCUCAGCAAAAUUCUUAAAUAAGCAAUCAGAAUUUGCUUUAUGUUUAAAUUGUAAUCUAUUAUGUCAGUCACAGAACAUACUUGAACACACAUUUGUGUCUAUAUAUGUAUGUAUACAGAUGCCUACAUGCAUAUGCAAAAUAUGAGGUAAUUUUGGGGAAGAAUAUGGUAGUUGACUUGAGGGGGGUGGAUCAGUCAAGCAUUUAAGCACCUACUAUGUGCUAGAUGCUACCUGGGAUCAGGAAAGGCAUGAUGUAAAAGAGGGCACUUGAGCUGAAUCUAUGGAAAUGGAGUUAUGCAAGGUCAAGAAGAUUGUAGUAUCAGGGAAUGGCUUGUACAGGUCACCCAUAGAUGGGAGAUGACUGGAAUAUGGUUUGGCAGGACUGCAGAGUAUAGGAAUGCGUAAGGUUGGAGAGCUUCAAAGGCCAAAUUUGAGUCUAGAAGUAAUAGGGAGCCACUAGAGUUUAUUGAGCGAGCAACUGACAUUGUUAGAGGAGCCUGUGUUCACAUUUGCACAUCUAGGUUGGUAGAUGUGUGAGUAAAGAGAAGAAGGUGGAUGUGAGGGAUGUGGUAGAAUACACAAGAUUUGAUAACUGAUAAUAUAUGGGAGGUGAGUGAGCAUGAGCAAUUAUGGAUGACUCAGAUUGUAAGCCUGGGUGUUGGGAAGGAUGGUGGUGCCUUAAAAAAAUAGGGAAGCUUAGAAGAUGAGUGGCUUUGGAGUGAAAGAAACUUAUUUUUUACUUGAGGCGUGUUGACUUCGAGGUGUACAUUGUGAAAUGUCCAGUAGUUGGUGGAUUUGAACUUAGAGGAGAGACUAGGCCCAGAUAUAUAGAACUAGUAGUCAUCUGUUUAGGGGUAAGAAACCCAUAGAAACUUAGGAAGUCACCAAGUGAAGGUAUAGAGUGAGAAGGGUGGCCCAAGACAGCUUUGGGAGACAUGAGGCAUGAUGUAGGUGAUGAACCAGCAAAGGAGACUGAGACAGGUAAGAGAAAUGAGAUGUGGUAUGAAAACUCUGAAAGGAAAGUAUCCAGGGGGAAAAUGUAGUCAACAGCGAACAAAGAUGAGAAUUCAGAAAAGCUAUUGGGUUUGGCAGGUAGGAGACUUCGGUAAGUUUGGAGAGGGCUGUUUGAGUUGGUUAAUGAAAUCUAAUGUCAGAUUGUGUAAGUUAGAAAAGUGCGUGGUGAGACGAGGUUUUGUGGCAUCUAGGACUGUAGGUAGCUUUUUAAGGGAAGAGAGAUGACAGGUGGACAACUUGAAGAUCACAGGGUUCAAGGAAGGUUUUCUUAAGGAGAGGGGAGAUUUGGGCCUAUUUGUAAACAGCAAGGAACUAAUUAUUUGAGAGAGAAAUUGACAAUGAGGGGAUGAUUUGGGAGCAGUCUGCUAGUGAAGAACAGAAAGGAUUGGAUCAAGGGCAUGUGUGGAAGGAUUAACUUUGGCAAAGGAAUGGGCUUGGCUUCCAUUGGAAACCAGAAUAAAGGAGAAAACGGGCUA